UGUAACACCACAUUCACACAGACGAGGUUGCUAGUUUGGAAAUCUAAUGGCACAACUGGUAUUACUGAACUCAUGUCCACCUCAAUAUGUAUUGCUUCGGCGGGUCAGAAUUUCGAAGCCAUCGAUAUGGGUCAGGAAACCGACUACCGUUUCUUCACCAUCAUUUUCUACCUCAGCUCCUCUUAGCUACGCAUCGUUUUGCUGCAGCUGUAGCGCUACCUCUUCUGUCGAACCCGAUUUAUCCUCUUCAGCCAAAAUCUUUGUCAAAGGGCUACCUCACUCAACCUCUGAAGGAAGAUUGAUGAAGGUGUUUUCAGAGUUUGGUGAAGUUAAUCUCGUCCAGCUUCCAAUAGAUGAAAAAUCAGGAAAGUCUUUAGGAUUUGCAUUUAUUUGGUUUGUAAAGGAAGAGUCUGCGCAAUUGGCUGUCCAAGAGAUGAAUGGAAAGUUUUUUGAUGGCAGAUUUAUUUAUGUUACAAUUGCAAAGCCUGGAUCAUUAAAAAAUUUGAAGACGACGACAGCCUACAAAUUUUAAUCAUAUGAGCAGUUGCUAAUAGCAUCUUUUCAUUCACAAAAUAACAAGCAAUUUUAUAUAAUAUAGUCAGUGCCAAUAAACUUUUUCCAUCCUCUUGUUGAAUGUCGACUAUAAUUUCCUUGAUGGAACGGCUAAACAAUAUUGGAUCACUAACGUUCAAUGCUACACAUUCUACUCCAUAGCCUCAGAAUUGACAGACCCCUUGAUUUGCAAAGUUACUAAAACUUAUUGCAAAAAGAAUCACUUAUGUGUGGGUAUACAUAGAGCCUUUCUAUAACCAAAAAAUAUACUUGGAAAGUUGCUGAUCAAGAACAAGAAGCAGUUCAAGAUACCAGUGGACGGGGUCCAGGGUUUUUACCUUCUAUCUCCCGGUACCUGCUUUGAUCACUGUCAUGACCACAUUCAAGGCUGCAGAUGAUCAGCCUGUGGAGCUGCAAGGGUGGGAUCAACAUUAAAGAAGAUCCACAGGUUCAAGUCAGGGUCUUCUCCUCCUCCUGAAGUGAGUUUAUUCAUUUAGAGACUAUUUUUGACCAUAUCAAAAGACAGUUUUCUAUUAAGAACAAAGUUGCUCAAAGAUGUCCCUAAUGUCAUGUCUUAUUGGUGUUGAAUCUUCUAAUUUAGCGGUGUUAAGUAUGUCCUCUAUAUCUCUCGCUUACAACUAGUGGCAGAAAGAAAUUGAGGCUGUCCAUUUAUCUUAUCUUUUAUGUAAGCAGUUCCUCAAGCUAUGAACCAAAUUGGCUUGUUCAUCGA